AUGGCGCAAGGAGCAGGACGGGACCCGGAGCUGUUCGCGGAGCUGUGGCGCGCCUGCGCGGGGCCGCUCGUGGAGCUGCCCCAGACCGACGAGAGGGUCUUCUACUUCCUCCAGGGUCACCUGGAGCAGCUGCAAGACCCGACGGACCCGACGCUGCUGGCCGAGCAAAUCAAGAUGUUCCAGGUGCCCAACAAGAUCCUCUGCAAGGUCGUCAACGUCGAGCUCAAUGCCGAGACAGAAACGGACGAGAUGUACGCCCAGAUCACUCUGCAGCCCGAACCAGAUCAAGUGGAUUUGCCCACAUUACUUGACCCACCCCUGCCGGAGACGUCAAGGCCUGUGGUGCACUCCUUCUGCAAGAUCCUCACACCAUCCGACACCAGUACUCAUGGCGGCUUCUCCGUUCUUCGGCGUCAUGCAAACGAAUGCCUCCCACCACUGGAUAUGUCGAUGCCGACCCCGACCCAAGAGCUUAUCACGAAGGACCUACAUGGAUCUGAAUGGAGGUUCAAGCACAUCUACAGGGGCCAACCCCGUCGGCACCUUCUGACUACUGGAUGGAGCACGUUUGUCACAUCAAAGAAGCUGAUUGCUGGUGAUGCGUUUGUCUACCUGAGGAGUGAGACAGGAGAGCAGCGUGUCGGAGUGAGGCGCCUUGUGCAGAAGCAAAGCACAAUGCCAGCAUCUGUUAUAUCAAGCCAAAGCAUGCAUCUUGGGGUGCUUGCAAGUGCAUCACAUGCCAUUAAGACUAAUUCCAUUUUCCUAGUGUAUUAUAGACCAAGGUUGAGCCAAAGCCAAUACAUCGUCACUCUGAACAAGUACCUUGAAUCUAGUAAAAUUGGAUUUAAUGUGGGCAUGAGGUUUAAGAUGAGUUUUGAAGGGGAAGACGUCCCUGUAAAGAAGUUUUCUGGAACUGUUGUCGAUAAAGGAGAUAUUUCUCCACAAUGGCAAGAACCUGCUCAAGAAUUCUGGCUCUCUGGAAGGCCUGAACAGCAUGAGAAGACAAGUAUAAGCUCCAAUGAACCCAAUUGUAUAUCUGUACAUCAAGUCGCUUGGACAAGUGAACGCCCAGGAUACAGUGCCAUGAGUAGUUCGAUUUGUCAGAAUUCUGCAGUAAUUGGGAGCUGGUUCAAGGACUUCAAUUCCUCAAGCAAAGGGGCCUCCCCUUCCUUGCCAGAGAUUUCUCAGAAACUGUUUCAGGUCACCAGCAAAGACGCGAGGGUUCCUCCUUGGCCUGGGCUCUCUGCUUAUCAAGCUGAGGAGCCCUCUUCCAAGUUGUCCUGCAACACUGCUCCCUGCAGCUAUCAGACUGAAGAGGUUGCUCCAAAAUUUUCCAUUGCUGUCGAAGAAAAGAAGGAACCCGGCAUGUUCCGUCUGUUUGGUGUCAAUUUGGUUAACCAUACUAGGAGGAGUGCUACUGCUGACAAGACGACUGUGGGGGUAGGGGAAACAUCGAUGCGAGGUGCUGGUUCUUUUGAAGACUCUGGUCAGCUAUCGGCGCUUUCAAGAGUCACGAAAGAUCAUACGCACAUGGUGAAUGAAAGCCCCCGAGAAAUCCAAAGCCAUCAGAGUUGCAGUGGAAGAAGUCGUAUUAAGGUUCAAAUGCAUGGAAAUGCUGUGGGCAGAGCUGUGGAUUUAGGAAAUCUGGAUGGGUAUGAGCAGUUGAUGGGUGAGCUUGAAGGGAUGUUUGAGAUAAAAGACCUUGGCUCCAAAGAGGAAUGGAAGGUUACUUUCACUAACGAUGAGAAUGAGACAAUGGAAGUCGGAGCUGUUCCUUGGCAGGAGUUUUGCCAGGUGGCGAGGAAGAUCGUGAUCCAUCCCAUUGGAGAUGGGAGCGAUAUGGAGGCUUGCCCUUGCCCGGGGCAGGAUGGGAAGAGGGGCUUUUAG